AUGCCUUCUGUAACCUCACCUCAGUGGCAGGAUAAGGCGUCUGGUUUCUUUUCUUCGUCAGGGGUCAAGCUUAAAGAAGCCAGGGAGUCUGCGGGAACAUUUGUUGGCGAGGUCACAAAGGAUACAAAGAGUAAUGUAGCUGAAGUGGCGGGACGAGUUGGAACUAUAGUUAAAAGUCGGUGGGCACUUCUUCAGCAGCCAUCCACAAGACAUGCCGUACAGGAUCGAAUGAUAUCAGCUGCUGCUACAACUGGCGCGUUCUUGAGGAGAGGUUUGUCGGGGACAAAAGAAAAGGUGGUUGUGGGAAAAUCCAAGGUUGAAGAGGUGGCAAAAGUAACAGCACAAAAGAGUAAAACUAUCUUGACAGACAUUGAAAGAUGGCAGAAGGGAGUUGCUAGGAAUGAUGUAUUUGGAGUUCCUAUUGAGGUUACUGUACAGAGGCAAGAUUGCAUCAAGCCUAUUCCUCAGAUAUUGAUCAAAUGUGCAGAUUAUCUUAUAGUAUCAGGAUUGAAUCUGCCAUAUCUUUUUAAAUCUGAAGGGGACAAAAAGGUUAUUCACCAGUUGGUUUCCCUAUACAACCAAGAUUCAACUGCUUCAGUGCCAGAAGGCUCAAAUCCAGUUGAUGUAGCAGCUCUUGUGAAAUAUUAUCUUGCUAGCCUUCCCGAGCCUCUGACAACAUUGGAGCUUUAUAAUGAGAUCAAAGGUGCACGAUCCAAUAUAUAUUCCAUGAGAAACAUACUUAAGAAGCUUUCCAGUGUGAACUAUAUGACUCUGGAGUUUAUAACCGCACUUUUGCUUCGUGCUAGCCAGAAAGCACUUCUCAAUAAGAUGGACCCUCGGAGCCUUGCAUUGGAAAUGGCACCUGUUAUCAUGUGGCAAAAGGAACAUAGACCUGAGUUUUAUCGUCAAUACUGGAGUCACGUGUCAGAAAGUCCUUCCAAACAGAGCUUGGAUCCAGAAUCUGGUUCAACUACCCGGGACUUGCUUGCUGAUGACGGUGAAGCCAUAGAUGCAUCUUCUUUUAUUCCUUUGGAUGAUGGCAUGCCAGUUGACUAUGGUGCAAUCGAGGUUGUUCAGAUGCUCAUAGAACAUCAUAAUGCAGUCUUCACCGAUGCCAACGAGACAGUUUGGAAAUGA